AGUGAUAAGGAAGCAAAGUGAGAGAAGUGGAAAGAAAGAUGAGGUGCUCAUUCAGCCUCCAUGUUCCCAAAGCUCUUCCUCCUCUUCCCAUUUCCUCCAUUGGGACAACUUCUCUCUUCUUUGCUUCCAAGCACAAAAACACAACUAGGCCUUCCCAAUCACUAUCUGUCUCAUGCUGCACCCACAAACCAGAUAAUCAUCUCACUUUUAACUAUACCAAUUUCGCACUGCAUUUCGGAACACUCUUGGCCUUGGCGGAGCAGCCAGUGUUAGCAGUGACAGGAGAGAAUAACCGGCCAGAACUCUCCUGGGUUUUGACACAAUGGGGGAUUGGUAUGUUUGUUUAUUUCCUUGUGGUGCCACCAGUAAUCAUGAUAUGGCUUUGGAAAAGAUGGUAUAGAAGAGGGUUGCUGGAGAUGUAUCUGCAAUUCAUGUUUGUCUUCAUUUUCUUCCCCGGGGUUAUUCUUUGGGCACCAUUUUUAAACUUCAGGAAAUUCCCACGAGACCCUGACAUGCAGUACCCUUGGUCUGUACCUGAAGAUCCUUCAAAAAUCAGAAGUUCAUAUUCAAAGUACCCAUAUGCCGAACCUGAAGAUUAUGAUAAUCUAUAAAUCUGGACUAAAACACAACAAAGCAGCUGUUCUAUGGUAAUUCUAGAAGUUUAGUUCACCAAAACUUUGUUGUAAAUGUAUAAUUAUACCUAUUUUUCUGCUGUCUAUUACAAAAUGAAUAUUCAAUGUCA